CAGACCAUCAAGAAAAAAUACCCAAUACUACGAAUCGAUGACCUGCUUGACCAGCUUCGGGGAGCCACGGUAUUUUCCAAACUGGAUCUUCGGUACAGAUACUGGCAGAUAUGAAUGGCGGACAAUUCCAUCCACAAAACCGCUUUCCGCACAAUGGUACGGGUCGUACGAGUAUCUGGUAAUGCCCUUCGGACUCACCAACGCACCGGCAACGUUGCAAGCUGAAAUAAACCAUAUCCUAUGCCCACUCUUGGAUGAAUGCGUGGUGGUGUACCUGGACGACAUUCUCAUCUACUCGUGCGACAUGCAGCAGCACGUCCAACACCUGCGACGCGUCUUCGACAUUCUUCGACGAGAACGAUUCUACGUCAAGUUAUCCAAGAGCGAAUUCGCCCUCGAGAAAGUCCAAUUCCUAGGACACAUGGUGAGCGCUCAAGGAGUUCACGUCGACCCCAAGAAGAUUGAAGCCGUACGCACGUGGAAGACACCCGGGAACGUGAAGGAGUUGCUGCAGUUCCUAGGCUUCGCUAACUAUUACAACAGGUUUGUGCCACAGUACGCGAAAAUUGCAACACCACUCACAAAUCUGCUGAAGAAGAACACGCCCUAAAAGUGGGAACCAAAACAUCA